UCAAAUGGACGGCUAGCAAUAAAUGCGGCCGACGCUUAGACAUCGCAGGCAAGCAGAAUCCUUCGCUUUUUCUCUCCCUCUCUCUCUCUCUCUCUCUCUCGCAUCACAGCUCCGAAUUUGAGCUCUCUCUCAAAAGAAAUCUGCUCCAUCCGCCAUAGAAAUUUGAGGAUUCUUGAAUCCAAGAUUUAAAGAUUUCAUGGCUUCGAUCACGAUGUCUCCACUGAAUACAAUUGUUCCUGCAGCUGUCCCAAGUGUUUUUUCUCCCGAGAUACCUUUAGGUAAAGUGCGAGUGCCCUCUCGAGGGAGCAUUCGGCUUUUAAAAUCUGGCCUGGCAAUGCCCAACAUAUCAACGAGAAGAAUGUCACAAUGUAAAACCGGUGUUUCACUUGCUCAUAAGAUGGCUUCUACUGGGGCAAUGUGUCGAAUGGGUUCUGCUAGUGCAAUUUGUGCUUUGGCUGUGAAUGCAAGGUGUUCAACAGAGCAGCAAACCAUUCAGCAUCAGUCUGCAGUGAUUACAAAUGCACCUGCGCAGAAUAAAGAGAAGUCUCCAGAGCUUGAUGAUGGUGGGACUGGGUUCCCUCCCCGUGAUGAUGGUGAUGGUGGUGGUGGUGGUGGCGGAGGAGGUGGAUGGAAAGGUGGGUUCUUCUUUUUCGGCUUCCUUGCAUUUUUGGGAUUCUUGAAAGAUAAAGAAAGCGAAGGAUCUUACGAGGAUAGAUAAAUAUGACAUACAUACUUUCUGUAAAACAUAGGACGUGCUAAUACAGCUCAAUUUUUUAGGGAAUACAUGCCUUGCUUGUCUGAGUGGAUGAGAAAGUUGUGCUUAACUAUUCUCGUGAUUCUUUUUACGAGGUUUAUUGAAGCCGUUGUACUUUAUUGUAAUUAAAAUUCCGUAGUGGAAGCUGAGUUCUAGGAAAUUUGUGGUUUGUGUUAUCAUUUUCACCAAUAUAUAUAUCCCAUGCUGUGA